GAAAAGGAGAGCCGAGGAAGCAUGGUCGCAUGCAUCGUCCAUGUGGUCCCGGUUCAACUUCUUUUUCAUCCCCAUCCGUGAUUCUUGGUCGUGAAGUCUGCACUUCUUUCAUCACGAACAAAUGCCUCGCACUCAGCCGAUGACGUUGGAGGUGUGGGAAGGUCGAUGGGGCCUUCCAUCCAUCGAUACUACCUCUCUUGAAGUCAUGGCCUAUGCAAAGUUUUCUGGUGCCCCCCUCAAAGUAGUCAAGUUACGAAACCCAUUCUUCACUCGAACUGGCAGACUUCCUGUGUUCUCUCAUGGCAGCACAAUUCUGGAGAAUCCUGCUGACAUUGUUUUACAUUUCAGAAAAGAGAAUCAUAAUGCAGAUUAUGAAUUAUCACCAAAAGAAUCUGCUGAUGUAGUGGCAUAUGCAUCUCUAGUGCAUUCCAAGUUGCUACCAGGAAUCUUGCAUAACCAGUGGUUAGAUGAAAAUAACUACAUUGAGUUCACGAGACCAAACUUUGCCAAGAUCUUACCCAUACCCUUCAAUUAUUACUACCCUGGAGCAUUUCAAAGAGAAGCUAGAAGAAGGCUCUUUUCUGCAUAUGGACUGGAUCACACAGCCCAGGAGAGUAUGAUGGAGGACGGCUUCAUGUCAACAAUUGAAACUGCUGUUCACAAGAAUGCAGUGGAAUGUCUAACACUGCUUUCAAAUCGACUGGGAGACAAGGAGUAUUUCUUUGGCCAAUCCCCAUGUUUCCUGGAUGCAGUGGUUUUUGCUCACCUGGCCCCCUUGCUCAAAUUCCCCUUCCCCAAUUCACCUCUUCAGAAUCAUCUCAAAGGGUGCCCCAACCUGGUUGCAUUCAUCGAAAGGAUCCUACUUCGAUAUUUCCCUCCUACUCCUGAAGGGAUUGUAGAUGAGGAUGAGCCAUUCCGGGAAAAACUCAAGAGAAACAUCGGAGCAGCCCUGGUUGCAGGCUCCGCCAUGCUUGCCUAUGCCUUCUUCUCUGGCAUCCUCAGAAUACAGACUCAACGGCGUGUGGAUUAUCCAGACAUCAACGAGAUGGAGGAGGAUUACGGAGAGGAAGAAAAAGUGGAAGAGCAGAAUGAGAAUCAGGAAUGAUCUUGACCCAAGAGACAGCAUGAUUUUGCUGAACAUUUUGCUACCUGACCGUGUCAUUGUGGUGAUCGCUUAGUUGGAAAGUCCGUCAGAUGAAUUCUCCUCCUCUGUGUGGAUGCAUGUGGAUUUCCUUGGUUCUCUGAAAGGCAUUCAUUUGUAAAGAGAUGCCAUUUUUGUGAUAGCCAUUCUUCCCUUUUUCUUGUUGAUACUCGCAAAUAAAUUGUAGACCAUGCA